GGGAGGGCCUGGCCGCCAGGGGUUGGGGGGGUGGGACCUGGGCUGGCGGCGGGGACCCGGCCUGGGCCGGGACUGCGACCCGGGGCGGGCCGUGGCUCCCUGCCGAGACCGGGCGGGAUCCAGGUUAACACAGAAAUCAGCUGUCGGGGCCAUGCCUGUUUUAAGACCUGUUUCAUCUUACAAACCCCAGCAGAAGACAGAUGGGCCAGUCCUCGAAGUGGAUGACUUCCCUUCCCUGAGCAAGAGAUGGGAUAGUACCUGGGAUCUGCCCACUUACUUACUAAGCCAACUGAAUGAAGGGAUGUAACAGACCUGGGAGGGACACUGAAGCCUGCAGUGGGGGGGAGGGGCCUGGACAUAACCCUUCCCCCCCAGACUCCUCCCACUCGGAAUCCACUCAGCCAUGGACUCUGGACCUGGAAAGAGGAGGGAAGCUGCCCUUUGGUGUAUCUGAUUUGGGAUUCUCAGUUUUGGAAAUGGUGUGAUGGAUGGGGGUUUCAUGAUCUCCAGGGGAGCAAUUGAGAGAAGAAAAGAAAGGUGCAUGGCUGCUUCCUAACCCGAAGCCCAGAGGAGGCCUUUGCGCAGUGGGGAGUGAGCCAGGCAAGCGAGGGCAGCCUCGGCCCCACCCCUAACCGCCUCCCCCGCGGGGGCCAGGAUGCUGAAGAAGCAGUCUGCAGGGCUUGUGCUGUGGGGCGCCAUCCUCUUCGUGGCCUGGAACGCCCUGCUGCUGCUCUUCUUCUGGACGCGCCCGGCGCCCAGCAGGCUGCCUUCCGACGGCGCUCUCUCUGACGACCCGGCCGGGCUCACCCGCGAGGUGAUCCGCCUGGCCCAGGACGCCGAGGUGGAGCUGGAGCGGCAGCGGGGGCUGUUGCAGCAGAUCAGAGAGCACCAUGCACGCUGGAGUCAGCGGCGGCGGGUGCCCUCUGCGGCCACACCCGUCCCACCGCGCGUGUCCGCGCCCUCGCCGCCCGCGGUGAUCCCCAUCCUGGUCAUCGCCUGCGACCGCAGCACCGUGCGGCGCUGCCUGGACAAGCUGCUGCAUUACCGGCCCUCGGCCGAGCUCUUCCCCAUCAUCGUAAGCCAGGACUGUGGGCACGAGGAGACGGCGCAGGUCAUCGCCUCCUACGGCAGCGCCAUUACUCACAUCCGGCAGCCGGACCUGAGCGCCAUCACCGUGCAGCCCGAUCACCGGAAGUUCCAGGGCUACUACAAGAUCGCGCGCCACUACCGCUGGGCGCUGGGCCAGGUCUUCCACAAGUUCAGGUUCCCCGCCGCAGUGGUGGUGGAGGACGAUCUGGAGGUGGCGCCCGACUUCUUCGAGUACUUUCAGGCCACCUACCCGCUGCUGCGCGCCGACCCGUCCCUCUGGUGCGUGUCGGCCUGGCACGACAACGGCAAGGAGCAGAUGGUGGACGCGAGCAAGCCCGAGCUGCUCUACCGCACGGACUUCUUCCCGGGCCUCGGCUGGCUGCUGCUGGCCGAGCUCUGGGCUGAACUGGAGCCCAAGUGGCCCAAGGCUUUCUGGGACGACUGGAUGCGGCGGCCGGAGCAGCGGCAGGGCCGCGCCUGCGUGCGCCCCGAGGUCUCCCGAACCAUGACCUUUGGCCGCAAGGGCGUGAGCCACGGCCAGUUCUUCGACCAACACCUCAAGUUCAUCAAGCUGAACCAGCACUUCGUGCCCUUCACGCAGCUAGACCUGUCGUACCUGCGGCGGGAGGCCUACGACCGGGAUUUCCUGGCCCGCGUCUACACCGCCCCUCUGCUGCAGGUGGAAAAAGUGAGGACCAGUGAGCGGAACGAGCUAGGGGAGGUGCGGGUGCAGUACACGGGCAGGGACAGCUUCAAGGCCUUCGCCAAGGCGCUGGGUGUCAUGGACGACCUUAAGUCCGGAGUCCCCAGGGCCGGCUACCGCGGCAUCGUCAGCUUCCUGUUCCGUGGCCGCCGCGUGCACCUGGCCCCGCCGCAGACCUGGGACGGCUACGAUCCCAGCUGGAAUUAGCCGCGUCGCCUGUGCCUGCUGGCCGCGUUCUGCCGUGUGUCGGACCGAGACCGGACGCAGCCCCUGGGCUGCAUCCUCCUCCGUGUUUCUCUCCUGAGUCCAUUUAACUUUUUCUUCUCUUUUCUUUUCUUUUUUUGGAGUGGCAUUCUAGUGCACAGAUGAUCAAGUGAGGGUUAUUCUCCCGUUUUCAAGGGAGUCAAAUCAGGGGAACCUUACAGGGGUAUAUUGGGGGGAAUUAAGCAGGAAACCACUGUGUGGUAGGGAGAGACUUGGGCUUGUUGGGGCCACAAACCUGCAUGUUCCAGGCUGACUCCCGGGGUGUCUGCAGAAAGGUUGGCAACUUCAGCUCUCUUGACCAGGCCUCUCCCUAUCUCGGUUCUUCCAGCCAGGGCAUGAGCCCCCUGCUUGUGCGUGCCGCGCAUCCCCACAUUCCCCCACUUGGAGGUGGGGCAGGGUUCUGUGAGAAGAGAAGGUAUCUGGCCAAAAUGAGACUAACCAGAGGGGUUUCACUAUCAGGGUCUGGCAGGGGACCUUGGGUCCUCAGGGCUGCUGCCUCCUGCCGUGUUUUUCUUCCUCCCUCUCCUUAACCCUAACCUCGCACCUCUUACCCAGCAGCCUAGCCUUUGUGAUUCUAAGAUGACUAGCUGAAGGGGAAGAGCAGCUUAUCCCUGGCAGUGGGGGGAGGCCUUGGUGUGCUGGGGCACACCUCCUUCAUCCUGCCUCAAAGAAACAGGCUCUGUCCCCUUUUCCCAUCCUUUUAAAAUAUGGAUCCUUUCUCUGUUGCUCUAGGAGGGUUUCAUGCUGGUGUGGGGAAGGGAGCUUAGAUCCUUGAGCCUCUUUUCCCCUCGGGUUUUGUGCACAGGCUCCUCCCCGAGGGGUGUGGCUUCAGGCGGCACUCUCAGGGCGAGGCAGAGCAGCAGACAGGGUGGCCCUGGCCCCCCUUCUCUCCCCUAAGCAUUACCAGGUUCCCUCAGAUGAGGAUGCGGAUGGUGGCCGUUGGAGAGCAAUGUGUGUGUGUGGGUGUUUUUGGCCUGACCUCAGUUCAUGCAAGAAAGUUGAAGCUACAAAAUUAUUUUCAAAAAUAAAGGCUGAAUUGUCUGAAAAA